AAAUAGGAUAGAUGUCCAAAAGAUGUAGGUGAUAAACUCGAUCAAGCUGAGAUGUAGAGUUUAAAAGCAUUUCAACAUAAGAAAAGAAUUAUAGGGAAGUUCGCAAGGGAGGAGGAAACGUGUGUGUACACAUACAGUAUAAUACUGUAUAACCUAUAUACAUUAAAAUAUAAUAUAAACCACCAUGAAUCCGAUGACCCAGUUCUUGAGCUGGUAGGCAGAUUAUAAACAUGUAUAUAUAGGUUAUCAAUUGUGAUAAAACUUUCUUAAAUCCCAAACAUCAUCUAGUAAUUAACUAAAGUGCCAAGAAACAGUUUGAAGCUAGCUAGUACAAUUCUAUUUCUCAUUGUGUAUAAAAGCAUAAAAUUUCCAUAUCAGUAUGGUUUCGUAUCAUCAGGCCAUCAUGAACAUGGGCUCUGCAACAACUCAAUUUGGCCCAACAAGAACGAUGAACAGGUUAUACGAACCGUUCCAGGAGAUUGGCUGGGAGGAGACACUAGGAGGGGAUGUCAUCCAUGGGUUGAAUAAUACAUGCUUGGUUACACAUCAAACUGCAGGAGUGGAGGAUAAUAAGUCCGAGUACACUUCUAGUGAUUCAGCUGCGGCACCUUUUGCCUUUGGGGAUAAUCAAGCAACACAUAGCAUUACAGCUGACAAGGUGCAGAGACGUCUAGCUCAAAAUCGCGAAGCUGCUAGGAAAAGUCGCCUUAGAAAAAAGGCUUAUGUUCAACAAUUAGAAACUAGCCGUGUGAAGCUAACACAGCUUGAGAUGGAGCUUCAGCAAGCCAAGCAACAAGGACUACAUAUUCUAGGUGCCACCCGUAGCAUAGCAAUGUGCGGAGCGAUUAAUCCAGGAAUUGCUGCAUUUGAGAUGGGCUACGCACAGUGGGUAGAAGAUCAACAAUUGAGAAAUUCAGAGCUCAGAAUUGCCUUACAAUCAAAUAUGCAUGACACAGAGCUGCAGUUAUUAGUUGACAGUAUCUUAAACCACUAUUACUGUCUCUUCCGGAUGAAAGCUGAUGUUGCGAAAGCGGAUAUAUUCUACUUAAUAUCAGGAAUGUGGCAAACGCCAGUCGAGCGGUUUCUCCUUUGGCUUGGAGGAUUCAGACCAUUAGAACUUAUCAACGUGAUAUUGCAGCAAAUUACACCCUUGAGUGAAGAGCAGUUAUUGAGUGUGUAUGAACUGCAACUGAGUUGCCAACAGGCCGAGGACGCCCUCACACAAGGAAUGAAUAAACUGCAACAAUUCCUGUCCCAAAGCGUGAGGAUGAUAAGCGCUGGAGCAGGAAGUUACAACACUCAGUUGGUGACUGCUUUGGAGAAAUUACUAACACUUGAAAGCCUAAUCAACCAGGCAGAUAACCUCCGGCAGCAGACAUUGCAGCAGAUGUGCCGCAUUCUAACAACCAAGCAAGCAGCGACGGGGCUGCUCGCAUUUGGAGACUUCUACCAACGCCUCCGUGAUCUGAGUUCCAUCUGGGCUGCCCGCCCUUGCGAAACCUAUAACUAAUUUUAUGGCAACAUAACUUCGCUGCCACGCUUUUUCCCCAAAUUGACCCAGCCCCGCUUAGAACAUUGUAGCAAACUACAUUUGCCAUUGUUAGUAACUUAUGCUUGUACUAUGCUGUUAUUGCCCAAGCUGACAUCGUAAAAGGACCAUAUGUAAAUUACAGGGUAAGAAUGUGCUUCUUAAUGUAUAUAAUAAAGUUUAAUAAUUCAGAAGAAUUCUCAUAAUGUGAAAAAGCUUGUUGAAUUUGCAUAUCUGAAGAAUAAGCCGAUAUUGGUACAAGAUAAAUAUAUUGACAACAUGAUGAACUCCAAUAUUCCAUUCAUUACAACAUUCAUGAUUUGCAGCAAUUAUGAUUAAAUAAGUAAAUUGGAAAAAGGAGAGGGAGGGGUUAAUUAUACGGCCAACCGAAUGUCUUUGAUCUCGAGCUGAGCAGCAAUGUCCUGAAGCUGCUUCUUCACACUCAUAUCCACUAAUUUGGACCCGGAAUCUCCGAACCGGAUUGUGAACCCGGCCACCAGAGACGGGUCAAUCACGGUCUUGAUUCGAACAUUCUUAGCUCCGGUUAGCCGCUGAACGCCCUUCGCGAUCUGUGCCAGGUGCUGCGAGUCCAGCUUCACCACCGAAGUCACAACCGCCAGCUCCGUCUCCGUCGCCUGGUUGUACAAUUCCUCGAACUCCUUCACGAUGUCCUUUAUCAGCUCCAUUCGAUUCAUGUCCAACAGGAUGUUCAGGAAAUUGACCGUGUGCGGCUGGAGCUCCGACGACUCGGCGAUCUCAUCGAGUACCGACCGCUUAUUCUCAUCUCUCAUCACAGGACUGGCGAAGAAAUCGAACACGGAAUCGUCGGAGAAGAUCUUCUCGAUCUUCCCCAUGUCCGCUGUGGUUUGUUCCAGAGUUCCGUUCGACAUGGCGACAUCGCAGAGCGCGGAAGCGUAUCUUCCGGCAGCCGUGUCAGCCAUUUUGGCACCAAGCACGCCGCCGCCGGCGCGGCGGGAGAGUCUUCUGGAGGGAGACUUGAUAGUGAACUUCGGAAGCCUAAGGCCUCCAGAGAAGGAGAGCUUCGCCGUCGGCGCGGCGAGAAUUUUAGUGGACGGCAGCGAGGACGAGUAGAAUGUAAACGACGUUCGUUGGAAAGCCGCCAUUUCUUCUUGGGGGGAGAAGACGAAGAAGGAUUGCAGCUUGAAGUGAGGAUAUGCGGGGAAAAGGAGAUUUAUGUAAGGGACGGUGAAGAUUGGGGAAAAUGUAGUGAUCGACGGAGGAAAAGAGGUAGCUAAUCUCGUGAUCCCAGAAUAUCCUGACACCUUAUCUUGAGUGCUA